AUCUAGUUUUGUCAUCAAAGAACUUAAUAGUUUAUACAUCAUUCCUUCCUCCCUUCUUCUUCUCCUAACACUUUUGAGUCUUGAAGAAAGGUCAUCAUCAUCAACGUGAGAAUAAUGGCUUCUCUUUGUGCUUCUUCUGCCAUUGCCGCCAUAUCUUCUCCUAGCUUCUUGGGAGGCAAGAAACUAAGGCUGAACAAGAAGUUGAGUGUUCCAGCUGUUUCCAAAUCAGCUGGGUCUGUGCGGGCCGUUGCAGCGGAUCCCGAGAGACCAAUCUGGUUCCCUGGAAGCACUCCUCCAGAGUGGCUCGACGGUAGCCUCCCUGGUGACUUCGGAUUCGAUCCUCUUGGUCUUUCAUCUGACCCGGAUAGUCUAAAAUGGAACGUACAAGCAGAGAUAGUUCACUGCAGGUGGGCAAUGCUAGGCGCCGCCGGGAUUUUUAUCCCGGAGUUUCUAACCAAGAUCGGGAUCCUCAACACUCCCUCCUGGUACACCGCCGGAGAGCAAGAGUAUUUCACGGACAAGACCACACUCUUCGUUGUUGAGCUCAUCUUAAUAGGAUGGGCCGAGGGUCGUAGAUGGGCCGAUAUCAUUAAGCCCGGUAGCGUCAACACUGACCCAAUCUUCCCAAACAACAAACUGACGGGUACAGACGUUGGAUACCCGGGUGGGUUAUGGUUCGACCCGUUGGGUUGGGGAUCUGGUAGCCCGGCUAAGAUCAAGGAGCUGAGGACUAAAGAGAUCAAGAACGGAAGGUUGGCUAUGUUGGCAGUGAUGGGUGCUUGGUUCCAACAUAUAUACACUGGGACUGGUCCUAUCGAUAACCUUUUUGCACAUCUUGCUGAUCCUGGUCAUGCUACUAUCUUCGCUGCUUUCACACCCAAGUGAGACGUCAAGAAAGGAGGAUUUGGGAGGGAGAAUGCGUUUAUGUGAUCAUGUUUGUACAAAUAUGGUUUUUGAACUUAAAAUAUUAUGUAUUUAAGCAAAUGGUGGUCGAAUGGAAGUUAGGGUUCGCCGUGACACUACUCUUUUCCUGACUAAAUGCUCAUACAUUGUGAUUCGUGGUAUGAGAGUCAAUCUUUUCUAUU